GUGUGAGGGCCGCCCUGGCCCUGGGCCUGCAUCAUGCCGGCUCUGUCCGCGGGCUCUGCGGGUGACACAGGGAGUAAAAUCACAGGGGUAAAGCACCACUGUCAUCAGAUCAUCUCGAAGCUACGUACUGUCACUGUGGUCAGCCGGUAAAGUAGUGGUAGGUCUGCCCGCUGUAAAGCGCUCUUUUUCCGCCUGUCCUGGGUGUAACUGGAAGGAAGCCCUGCGUGCAGCUCACACAUUCAGAAGAGUGGUGUGUUCUGUGCUCCCACCUUUAAGGUCUGUAUGAGCUGCUGGCUGCUCUGCCAGCCCAGCUGCAGCCACAUGUGGAUAGCCAGGAAGACCUGACCUUCCUCUGGGAUAUGUUUGGUGAAAAAAGCCUGCAUUCACUGGUAAAGAUUCAUGAGAUACUCCACUCCUAUGAGAAGCAGAGUCCAGUGCCCAUUCUGCAUGGCGCGGCCGCCCUGGCCGAUGACCUGGCCGAAGAGCUUCAGAACAAGCCGUUAAACACUGAGAUCAGAGAGCUGCUGAAACUGCUGUCAAAACCCAACGUGAAGGCUCUGCUCUCUGUGCAUGACACUGUGGCACAGAAGAAUUAUGAUCCUGUGUUGCCUGCUAUGCCUGAUGAUAUCGAUGAUGAGGAAGACUCCGUAAAAAUAAUCCGCCUGGUCAAGAAUAGAGAACCGCUGGGAGCCACCAUUAAGAAGGAUGAGCAGACGGGGGCGAUCAUUGUAGCUCGAGUCAUGAGAGGAGGGGCCGCGCACAGAAGUGGUCUUAUUCAUGUUGGUGAUGAACUCAGAGAAGUGAAUGGAAUACCGGUUGAGGAUAAAAGACCUGAGGAAAUUAUACAGAUUUUGGCUCAGUCCCAGGGAGCAAUUACGUUUAAGGUUAUUCCCAGCAUCCAGGAGGAGACUCCAUCUAAAGAUGGCAAGAUGUUUAUCAGAGCCCUUUUUGACUAUGACCCUAACGAGGACAAGGCGAUUCCAUGUAAGGAAGCUGGGCUGUCUUUCAGAAGGGGAGAUAUUCUCCAGGUCAUGAGCCAGGAUGAUGCAACCUGGUGGCAGGCGAAGCAGGAAGGGGACGCCAACCCCCGGGCCGGCCUGAUCCCCUCCAAGCACUUCCAGGAGAGGAGAUUGGCCCUGAGAAGACCAGAAGUACUGGUUCAGCCCCUGAAAGUUUCCAACAGGAAAUCAUACGAGGAAACAGUUGAGUGUGAGGAAAUUAAAGAGGAUGCUGACUGUGCUGGUAACAAGAGUGGAGCCUAUAUAGAUGCUGUCUGUGCUAAAGCUGGUUUCAGGAGAAGUUUCCGUCUUAGCAGAAAAGAUAAGAAAACAAAUAAAUCCAUGUAUGAAUGCAAGAAGAGCGAUCAAUAUGAUACUGCUGAUGUCCCCACGUAUGAAGAAGUGACACCAUAUAGGCGACAGACGAACGAGAAAUACAGACUCGUCGUCUUGGUUGGUCCUGUAGGAGUCGGGCUGAACGAACUCAAGCGGAAGCUGCUGACCAGCGAUACUCAGCACUAUGGCGUGACGGUGCCCCACACUACCAGAGCAAGAAGAAGCCAGGAGAGUGAUGGUGUCGAAUACAUUUUCAUUUCCAAGCACUUGUUUGAGACAGAUGUACAAAAUAACAAGUUCAUCGAAUAUGGCGAAUAUAAAAACAACUACUAUGGCACAAGUAUAGAUUCAGUUCGGUCUGUCCUGGCUAAAAACAAAGUUUGCUUGUUGGAUGUUCAGCCUCAUACUGUGAAACAUUUAAGGACCCUUGAAUUUAAGCCCUAUGUGAUAUUUAUAAAGCCUCCAUCGAUAGAGCGUUUGCGAGAGACCAGAAAAAAUGCAAAGAUUAUUUCAAGUAGAGAUGACCAGGGUGCUGUGAAGCCCUUUACAGAAGAAGACUUUCAAGAAAUGAUUAAAUCUGCACAGAUAAUGGAAAGUCAAUAUGGUCAUCUUUUUGACAAAAUUAUAAUAAAUGAUGAUCUCACCGAGGCAUUUAAUGAGCUAAAAACAACUUUUGACAAAUUAGAGACUGAAACCCAUUGGAUACCAGUGAGCUGGUUACAUUCAUAGCUAAGAGGAAUUUUCAUAGAGGCCUUUUUUAUAGAGUGCAUGAUUAAGUCAGUUGCCAUUUUGGUGGUAGGGUUUUUCAUCUGUAUCACUGUCGUAGGUGUGCAUUCUCUGUCAAAAUUGGAUGCCAGUUCUGUUUGUAUCUUUUUACAGCCUUGCUGGAAACACAAUGUGUGACAAUAAGUUCUAAAAAUCAAAGCUUGCCCAUCCUGUGUUCUAAACAAAAUCUUGUGGUUGUCUUUAAUAUAGUUCUGUGUUGUGAGGUUGAAUUUUUAAAAGCGAUGGUAGCUAGAGACAUCCAAGUUCCACGCCUCACCUCGCCUCAGCUGUGGCUGCACCCAUCCAUUCUGCACAGUGGCAGGUGAAGGUAAGUCAGCACCUGGAGCAGCUCCAGACAGACAAGUAAGUCACUCUACUGAUUCCAGGUGGGUCCUCGGAGAUCUCACCUGCCUGGCUGUAAGACAGAGACCUCUUACUACUUAAAACGUUCAAAUAUUUUAUUACCUUUACAAAGUAUGUUCAUGGUAUCUGCAUUUAAAAAUUUUUUUAAGUGUAACUUAAAAUUCAUCUUGAGUGAGCAGCCUUCAUAUUAUAAUAUCAUAGCUUGAAGAGUCCUGAUGUGCCUACAUCAGGGACUGAAUACAUAUUUAAUAAGGAAAAACAGACUUUUUUGCAUGGAGGUCUCACUGUGUUACCCCAACCUGGCCUCAAACUGAGAUCCUCCUGCCUCAGCUUCUUUCCAAGUAACUGAGAUGAUAGGUGUGCACCCCUGCACCCAUCUUGGAAAAUAGUCUUUUAAAAGUUGUUAUGAAUGUAACUAAAAGCCUUUCUUUGUGAUACAAGAACGAUGGUAUCUUAGGACAGGAAAUGUUUACAAAGGACAUUUUUAUAUGUAAGUCCUCAGAAGACACUUCUGUAUUCACUAAAAGCGUUUUGUUUUUAAGCUAGCUUUGGUUUUUCCCACUAAAUUAUAGCAAUGUGAUCCUACCCUAAAAUACACAGAACAUUUUAUGUGGUAUUAAUGAUAGUUAAAGAAAAUGUGAUCAGUG